ACUUGCGCUUUGUGAUUGGUCCGGCAGCUUCUGGGAUCUGUCAUGUGUCCCAGGUACCGCCUUACCAUUCACAAAAAGCACCGCUUCUUGCGCAUGCGCACUUGGCACCCGGCUGUCAUGCCGAGCGCCCACACUACAGAAGCCGGGAAGACAGCGCGCCGCUGGGUAGAGGAACAGGUAAGGUCUCGCUGCAGAGCUGAGCGGCUGGCCCGGUAUUCUGACAUGGCGGCGGUGGAAAUACUGGACCGGCCGCUCCAUAUUUGCUCCAUAAGAUGCACUGAC